AUGUCUUACCCACGCUUCUUACGUAACCCCCCACAGUAUGGGACCUUCGAGGACACUCAGGAGGAGCGCGAUUGUUACGGCAGCAACCCCGAGGGCAUUGAUCGAGACCGCACUCCAGAGGCGAUGUAUUCAGACGAGAUUGUACCCCUCGUUCCGGAAGAAGAAGACAGUGGCAGCGAGGGUGAAUGGAGCAGACCCACCUAUUCUGACGCGUCUAGAUCACCGUCGCCCCUUCCGGAGGGGUCUACCUCCCUUCCUCCCUCCCUUCACCCCCCGGUCAAACGCAAGGCCUCCGCCCCUCUGGACAAAGAGCGUCGAAAGGGUACCAAACGCAGUAAACCCACCCCAUUGGUGGAACCGGAGCUAGCGUCAACAAUGCUGAAAUUGCCUCCCCACAUCCCAGAGACUCGUGAGACUGUUUUUUUGUUGAGUAAGCCUAUCCGGUGGACAGUCGAGGAUUUUGACGCCUACUGGCCUUUGGUAGACAAUUUCUGGGUGUGCAACAAGCCCAAUAACGCGAUUACCGGCAAAGGCACUCAGUCUUCCUAUUGGUGGUGUCGUCUACACAAGGGAGAGACUGUCAGCGAGACCCAUGGCCAACGGAAUAAGCAACUUCGACGCGUCCCUCCCUGUGGUAUGAAGCUGAAAAUGGUCAAAUCCUACAGCCAAUCGGACCAUGGUAUCUUGCUGUCCGUUGAGAUCUCUCUUCAUUUGGACAAGAAACAUCCCUGCUGGCAACAUAAUCAUGAGCGAGACUUUGUUGAUCAAUGCAAAAUCAACUCAUUCGUCAUGGACGCCGCUGGUCGAGCGGUCGCUACAGGCUGGGAAGUCGCCUCCAUUUUCAGCAACUUAAGAGGCGUCAAAUGGGCCAACAAUCUCACUGCUUUGGAGGCCGCUGGUGGCAAACACCUCAAGCUUCUAGACGUUCAUAACGCCGGAGCCGAAUGGAAGAAGGUCAAUCCUGACGGGCGGAUUCAGGGAGCCAAGGCGCCGUGGGAGCAGCAGUGGGCUGAUUGUCUGACGGAUCUGGAGUCGAAGGAGGAUGUGAGGUGUGCAAACAUCACGGCCAAGAGGGAUAUCGAUGACAAAAUGACCUAUGGUACUGUGUUCGCAAAGAAAUCUACUGAGGACGGCAACAUUAUGAGCGAAUUUCUUCGAAAAGUCAAGCAAUGGUGCGGGGGAAGAGGGGCCUGGCGCCUUCGCUACAUGAUAACAGACGACUCUGCAGCCGAACAAAAAGCCGUCCGACUGGCAUUCCGAGGUCUUGAGGAAGGUGAACAGCAAGUGGAUCACUUCCUCUGUCGAAAGCAUAGCGAGCGAACUCUCAAAGAAAAGCUGGGGGCUGACAGUUGCAAGAAAUCCUUCGAGCACCUCUACAAAGCUCUCUACUAUCGAUUUUCGGAGCAGGGCUGUAAGGAUGAGGUACAUGCGGCCAUUAAUGCGGCUCCGGAUCACAAAAAGGAGUACAUUCGCAAGUGGUGGUUGGAUACCAGAAAGCUUUGGGCGUACUACGCCCGUCAGCAUUCUUGCUUGCUGUUGCAACUCCGUGAGGAAGAGACAGCUACCAAGUUUCGAACCUAUCAAUCCGCUGAGUGUCAAUUGUACCCCGAAUUGGCAAAGUUUCCUGGUCCGGUGCAGCAACUCAUUGUGGGGCAAUUGAAGAAGGCAAUGGAAGCUCAGGACGAAGGCGAAAUCCCACGGGAUCUGAAUGACGAACUCUCGUGUACCUGCGUGUUUUAUCGGCAAUAUCAAUUGCCGUGUUCUCACCUGUGGCAAUUCAACCUCAUGAGCAAUGCCUUCGCAGAGGCUGAUUGGAAGAGGUGGGCGUACAUGUUUGAAGAGGGAGGCUUUGAGAUCUACGAGAGUACCACCAAGGAAUACGUCAUCAAGGAUAUCUACGAUGAACCCGACGGUCCCAGCAAGCACAUGCUGGACGUCCGCGAGGUACUCGAUGAGAUUAAGACGAAGUUCUACGAAUUGAAAGCGGGUACUGUGGGGUGGGAGGACAAUGUGAGGGAGCGGAUUUCCGCUCAGUGGGUCACUAUGCUACGUUAA